AUGCAAGUGCACCGCGCCGCAUAUAAUUCCCUCUUUCCUGUUACAAGUUGGCUUAAGUUGCACGUAGCUGCCACUUGGGAUCAUCCUCUUUGCACCGAGUUCCUAUUCGAGACCGAGACUAAGAUAAUGAAAGACCAUCAAUCACGCAAUCGAGUUGUGUCUUUUAUGAUUAUGGAACAUCCCACUUCAUCAAAGAUCACCGACCUUGCUUCUUUGGUGGCUUUGGUCAUUAUAUCCGUUGCCCGUCACACUUCCCACGAGACGGCUGCGUACCCAAUACCUAUCCAUGAACUUGAGCCCUUUGGUGCAGCACAAGAAAUUGCUAGUGAUCCAGCCAACGCUAAAGACACUCCAUCUCAUCCUUGCAACAACAUAGACUGUCCAGCGAACGCUAAAGACAUCAAUCCAAGUGCAUGUCCAGCCAACGCUAAAGACAACAAAUGCGAUUUGGUUAACAAUCCAGCAAAUGCUAAAGACAUUACAAAUGAAGGCUCAGAUCCAGCGAAAGCUAAAGACCUAACUGUAGGGAAAGAGACUACAGGUGGUGGUUCUGUCGGCCCAGUAUCAGACAGUUACUUAGAAAUACUGGGAACAUUUGUUGAAAAUGGUAUUACCUUCAUGCCAGGUCAUGUGCCGAGUAUGACGACAUCCCUUCUGACUCCUUAUUUCGACAAGAAUAUUGAGGAAUUCAAGGGACCAAUCCCUUUGUCGAUCUUAGAUUUAAACUGGCAAGCUUUAGCAGAUAGCUAUCACACUGAGAAGAAGGUGAAAACGGAUGACGUGAAGCACAAUAACCAUACAGGUUAUCCUUAUCCUGACGACUUAACCCUGGACCACGGAACUUGGUGUAUCAACUACAGGAACUUUCUGAAGACGUUCGCAAACCCACAUGGUUGGCACAGAUGUGCUGCGAUUGGAGCGAUCCACAAGGAGAAUGUGGGGAAGAUUCAUGAGGCUUCCGGGUGGAUGGUAGCUUUGAGGUACGAUGUCAAGAUAAGAGACAGCGUGUUCAGAAUGAAAUGUUCAAAUGGUGAAAAGGAAGGUGCGCCGGACAUUAGGAAGCAUAGGAAAGACGUAGAAGUGCAAUGCUAUAGUGAUUGUAGGAGGUUGAAUGAGUUAGGUUUCAAGAUGAAUAAUCCCUACUCAAAAGGAGGUGAAAGAGAAGGCUGGAAUCCUAAGAAUGGCAAGCCAAAGCAUCAAGUUACUAAACAUCCUCAUCAAUCUAGUUUCAAGACUUCCAUGAACAGCUUCAACAACACCUUUGCAAGCACUAGCUCAGGACAAGGAGGACACUUUAAUCGAGGGGGUGGUAAGGGAGGGAGAUCUGGAUACAGAGGCCCUCCCAAACACUUUGACCCCGCUUUUGCUGAGAGGAAAGCGGCAGCAGCAGCAGCAACAGUGGUGAAGACAGAGAACCCCUCAUUGUAA